AACGUAUGAAUGGCGAACAAACAAAUAAGGGGGAGAAGCGCAAGGCGCUGGAUAAUCCCCAGUCUGCAUCAACAAGUAAAAAGCAGGCACCUGACUGUAGUAAGUCCGAGUCGGAGGCGGACAAAGACGAAUUUGAGGAACUCCUGUCUGAAGUGACAGAAGAAAAAGAAAGCGAUCCAGACGAUCUCCUAGAAGAGCUAGCAGAAUGUUUUGGUUCGGAGGACAAAUGCAGUGAACCAAUUUAUGAGAAAUUGGCGAAAGUCGCGAAUGAAGGCAUGCGGACAAAAUUAAACAAUGACAAAAUAAAGGAGAUCGGUGAAAAGUAUAGCAGACCGAAAAAUGUCGCAAAUCUUAUCACACCUAAAGUAAACAGCGAAAUCUGGGCACAUCUUAAUAGGAAAGUCAGAACACAGGAUGUCCGACUUCAAAAAACACAGGCACUGGUGUGCAAAGCUAUUGUGCCACAGCUCCAACAGCUGGAUAUACUUCUUAAGUCAAAAAAGAAGGGGGGUGAAACAGCUCCGAUUGGCGAGGUUACGAAACUAGCGAUGGACAGCCUCAAAUUAAUGACUUUUGUAUAUUGUGACCUUUCAUAUCGGCGCAGAGAACUGAUCGUUCAGCCGGACAAAAACGAGGAGUUUAAGGCUUUGUGCUCCAAUGACCAUCCGGUGACUGACAACUUGUUCGGAGACGACCUUGGGAAAGUUGUUGAAGAUAUUGUUAAAGGCAAUAAAGUAGGGUCGAAGAUAUCCGGAACGUUUCCUAAGGAUAGAAAACCUUAUAGCAGGAAACCUUUUGGCCAUGGAUACAAGUCAAAUUACACUCAGUACGGAGGAUCGGGAAAACAGUCCCAUUUUUUAGGCCACAGAUCCACUCCUCAUUUCCGGAAGAAGGCCCCGAGCACUCAAUACAAACAGCGGAAAUGAAAACUACAAAAGAAGUGAGUAAUUUUGAUAUGAAUUUCAUGAACACAAAUGAUAAUUUCCAAGCAGGGAAAAUAUCCCAGUGUAUUGAAGCUUGGACAGAAAUAACUUCUGAUGCUACAGUACUAUCAACUGUUCGAGGGUAUUCCAUAGAAUUUGAUGAAUUUCCCUAUCAAAUGUGUUCACCAAAACCAAUUCAAUUUAACAAUGAAGAAAUGAUUUUGGUAGAUCAAGAUAUCACACAAUUAUUGCAUAAGAAAAUUAUCGAAGAAGUGAUAGAUUCGGAGGAAAAUGAAUUCUUAUCAAACAUUUUUAUCAGACCAAAGAAAAAUGGGAAAUAU